AUGGAUAUUACAGAGGUCAGCCAGUGGAACCAUAUAGGCACGCAGGAAAACCCAGCAGAUAUCCCUUCAAGAGGUUUAAGACCACGGGAACUGUUAGCGGCAAGAUUGUGGUGGAACGGACCUACCUGGUUGGAAAGUGAUGAGAAGGAUUGGAUCUUGAAUCCGAUAACCCAUAAUGAUGAGCUACCCGAAGUACGCAAAGUGAAGCUAGUGCUAUUAGUGAUCAAACCGUUGAAUAGUAUAUUAGAACACUACUCUGAAUGGAAUUGUAUGCUACGAGGAGUUGCUUGGUUAACGAUCUAUUCGAAGUACAUGCGUAAGAAAAUCAAUGGGCCUCAAUCCCUAACAAUAUCAGAUUUGGACAAAGCGAGGAAAUCAAUUUUAAGAAUGGUCCAAGCUGAUUGUUUCAGUAAAGAGAUCUCGUCACCAGAAAGGGGACUAGAAGUACCAAGAAAUAGCAAGUUGCAUAGUUUGAAUCCCUUCCUGCGCGAUGGGUUAAUACUUGUUGGUGGAAGACUCGAGAAUUCAGACAUAGCCGAUAGACAAAAACACCCUAUAGUAUUGCCUGCUAGUCAUAAAAUAACCAGGCUAAUAUUUGAAGCAUACCAUCUCGAGCUACUUCAUGGAGGACCUCAGCUCAUGUUAUCUGAAGUUAGACGUCUUUACUGGCCACUGCUAGGUCGAGUAACCGCGAGAUCAGUGGUAUGGCAUUGUGUCAAAUGUACAAAGGCACGUCCACGUUUCAAUAAUCCAACUAUGGCACCACUCCCAAGAGACCGAGUUCAGUAUACUAGACCUUUCACAGGUGUAGAUUUUGCUGGACCCAUAUAUAUUCGCAGUGGUUUGAGGCGUGUAGCUGCUAAGAAGGCUUGGAUUGCUAUAUUUGUUUGCUUCUCAACGAAGGCCAUACAUUUGGAGUUGGCUGACGAUCUUUCAAGUAAGUCUUUCAUGGCGACAUUUCGUUGUUUUAUGGCUAGAAGAGGAAAAUGUGCUAAGGUUUUUAGUGACAAUGACACAAACUUUGUUGGGGCUCAAAAGGAGUUAAUUUCAAUGAUGAAAAAAGCCAGUGUUGAUCUUGAGAAAGAAGGUAUUGAGUGGCAUUUCAACCCGCCUUCUGCUCCACAUUUUGGUGGUAUAUGGGAGAGUGUCGUGAAGAGUAUGAAACACCACAUGAAGAGAGUUAUAUCUGAUCACAAGCUUACGAAUACAGAAAUGCGAACUCUCUUGUGCCAAAUCGAGGCUUGUCUCAAUUCCAGACCGAUGACUCCACUAAAUAGUGAUCCUUCUGACUUGGUAGUCCUUACUCCAUCUCACUUCUUGAUUGGAGAAGCUAUGUUGUUACCAGAUGAACUAAACAUAUCUAAGGAAGAGCCCAAUGGUCUACGUAGAUGGCAACUAGUGCAAAAUUUGAUGCAGAACUUUUGGAAGCGGUGGUCGAGAGAGUAUCUACCACAGACUCAAAUUCGUGGCAAGUGGACAAGCAAGAGCGCACAGCUAGCAAAGAACGAUGUCGUUAUUAUCAAAGAUGAUUGUAUGCCUCCAGCCAGAUGGAAGUUAGGAUUGGUUAUGGAAUUGCAUCCUGGCUCUGAUGGUGUAGUCCGGGUUGUCACCAUAAGAACAGCAAACGGAACGCUCAUGCGUCGGCCAGUAAUCAAAUUAUGUCGACUACCGACUGAAAAGGACAACAGCUCAGUUGAAAACCAGGAUUUUCAACGGGGGGAGAAUGUUGCCGCCGCAACAGUUUAA